AUGACAUUUGAUUUGACAUUCGACCUUUCAACUUGACGUUCCAACUUUUCGAAACAAACUUUGUUUUUUGCAAACCGCGCUUUGUUGUUUUAUUGCGUGAACUAAGUUUUUGUGUUCUAUUAUGUAAUAAUAACCCCACCAAACAACGAUGCCAAAAACAGUGCGUGAUCUACUCCCAAACGGCCAUUCUUACGAUGAAACAGACGAAAUGCCGAAGAAAAUUAAGAUAACUGAGUUGGACUUAGUCAUGUCUACUCUGACCAUUGUAGGACAUUUCAUAGACCUAGGCCUUGAUAUUAAUGUUGCUGUUAGGUAUUAUUUGGCGAAGAUGAUGACGGAGUUUGCAUGGACUCUUGCAUUCAUACUUCUUCCAGCUUUUGUAAAUACUGCUGUGUCUAUAAGAAUGUAUUCCUUGGACAAGCAGCAAGAUUCCCUCUCCAAUGAGUUUACGAAAAGAAAAUGGCUUAGGAUAUUUAUUCUGGUUCUGCAAAUGGCGCCUAUUUUGCGUUCUAUUGACGCACUUAUCUACGCCUUCAAAUCUCGCCAAGCAGAGCGCAACAAGGACCCAGCCACCCAACACACAUACUACCGGCUGAUGCUGAAAGAGGAUUCUGAUGCUGCUCUGCUGAGAAUCUUCGAGUGCUUCUUGGAAGCGGCGCCGCAGCAAGUUCUACAAACCAGCCUGCUGCUCCGGGGAAAUGACGAGUUAGUAGUCCACCAGAUGUUAUCAAUCUGUUCGUCGAUCGGUGGCAUGGGCUGGUGUCUGGCCGCGUACCAACGAGCGAUCCGGUUCGCGCAGCAGGACAAGGCGAACAUGACAUGGUGCGGCUCCGUAUUGCAGACUAUCUGGCAUUUUUUAGUCUCGUUAAGUAGAAUAAUGGCGAUAUCAGCCAUGGCGUACCUCUAUCCGCAUUGGAUAAUCCUCGCCUGUUGCCUUCACAUCUUCAUCACGGCAACAUUACUACAAAUCUUUGACCGUUCUCCAUUCUGCUCUCACAACAGAGUGGGAGAUAUUGCCUUCUCUUUCGCACUCGGUGGUGUUUAUCUUUUCACCUACAUUCUUCCUAUUGAAGGCAGGACUAGAUACAGAUAUUCUAUAUAUUAUAGUAUAUGUUUCGUACAAAACAUAGCAUGCAGUAUAGCAUGGUAUCUAUUUGCAGACGAACCAACCAAACUGUCUGUAUACUUUAUACCGGUUUUAGUGCUAUGUCUGGUGCCCUAUGCACUAGGUUUAGGGUUUAUGUUAGUUUACUACGGGUUCUUCCAUCCCAAAGUUAAGAUUAACGAUUUUGUGUUCACAGUUAAUAAUCCGUUGACUGCUGUUAGCUAGUACAGGGUUGUAAGUGAGUUUAAAUCUUACGGAUCAGUAUUUAUAGUUUUAUUAUGUUUGAUCGAUUUCAUAAAUGGAGAAGGCUAACGUUUUAAGUUGACAUCUUGUGUACAACUGCUGGUAAUGUUAGUAGAAAUUUUUGUACCAGUGAUAACUGAUAAUGGAAUGCCUCGAAUAAACAAAUAUAAUGUUUUUAAGAAAAUGUUAAUACACUGUAAAUGAAUGGUGCAAUUAUUUAAGAAAUCUCUCAAAUUAGUCCAUUAGAAUCUCAGUAAGAAAUUAAAUGUACAGUCACCUUUUAUUUUUUUAUAUACUAUUUUUAUGCCUAAAACAUUUAUAAUAAAUGAUUUUUUAUAAUUAAGAAUCUCAAAUUACUGCUCAAGUAGAAUUUUAAUCGGACCAUUACUAAUAGAUAUUAGAGGUCAGUGAUUCAGUUAUGUAUUUUUUCUGUUACAUUUAAAUGUGAAUGAGUUAAUCAUUAAUAACAGUGUUGCCUUUGUUUGAUUUUUGAUUAUUCUAUAUGUAACAGUAAAUAAUAUGAAGAAGAAAUCCUUCUGAAAAACAACAUUAAAAUUGUUUAAGAGAUGAGGCAGUAAUUCAUGAUUCAAAUAUUGCAAUGCAAUGGGGUUAUUGCUUCAUCUCUGUCUGUCGCACGCAAUAUAAUUCCCGAUGACGUCACUUGCGCGUAUUGAGCCACUUUUGUAAUCUCUUCACACUUACCCCUUCCACCGAAUUUAAAAAGCUUAAAACUUAUUAUGUUUUUUACCGGAUUAUAAUAAUUCUAUUAUAAAACAAAAACGAAUCAAAUAUCCUAUUGGGUGUGAUUCUUUUAACAUACUGAAUAUAAAUUACUAUUAUAAGUUGAGAUUUCCUCUAUACAUACAUAUCUCCUAGAUUAAUCAUAGCUUUUUUUAAGAAUCUCAAUUUGUGCUAUAAUCUGACAGAAUUAAGCUCAUUUUAGCCAAAUCCAACUUAUUAAACAUAAUAUUCUCAUUACAGCGAUUAAAUAGUUUUCUUAUGGUAGUAUAAACUGGACUUAGUUUUGUAACUUCAAAUUAUUCAUGAUUGGGGUGUUACCAGAAAUGUUAGCAUUUAUUUGUAUCAGUAAUGGACUAGGCAAGAGCAUCUAUUUAAAUGUUACAAAAACUUAUAUUCAACUAUAAUGGACCAUAAUAUACUUUUCCUUAGUUCGUCACUCAUAUAUUUUAAUUAUUUACCUACAGCCAAAAGCAUUGCCAAUAAAUGUUAUUAUUUCGUUAUUUGGUGGAUAUUAAGCCUGUUAACUAUUUAAGACUGCAUUUUUACAUAAUUCCUAAAGAUGUUGAGAUUUUAUAGUAAUUUAAUAUAAUUUAUGAAUGUACUUAGAAUCUUAAACUGGGCCUUAUUUUUGUCAUGCUCAUUUUAGUUUAAAAGAAAAAUAUAAAUAAAAUUUAAUUAAUAAAAGAAAAAACAUACAAUAUAGUAUUAAAGCAUAAUAAUUUUUUGAUGUAUUUUUGAGUCAAUACUCAAGAAUGUUUACAAAAUUCUCAGUUUUUGUCAAUAAUGUUUUAUAGCAAAUUCAAUAUACUAAUAAAUAUUUCUUUAUUU